UCAUCUCACACCACAUGUUUAGCCGCUAUAUUCCUGACAGUGAACGCCACACUCGGCGCCGGUCUUCUCAAUAUUCCGCACGCGUUCAACGAUUCCGGAGGAAUAUUCUGUUCACUCGUCGUUCAAACCAGCUCAACAUUUUUGACCAGCGAUGAGAUCACUGUUGAGACGGUGAAUACAAGUGGACAGUCAUCUCACACCACAUGUUUAGCCGCUAUAUUCCUGACAGUGAACGCCACACUCGGCGCCGGUCUUCUCAAUAUUCCGCACGCUUUCAACGAUUCCGGAGGAAUAUUCUGUUCACUCGUCGUUCAAACCAUUUUCGUGAUAUUAGUGAUCGGCUCUCUCUUGUUAUUGACGUAUUGUAUCGAUAUAUCAAACGCCACGUCCUUUCAAGACGUGGUUUUGGCAUUUUGUGGUCCCAGAGCUCAACAUUUUUGCUCAAUUAUUAUAGUCCUCUAUUCAUACGGCGCUUGCAUUACAUUUGUUAUUAUAAUUGGCGAUCAAUUUGACAGAAUCUUUCUAUCACUCUAUGGCACAAAUUUCAAUCAAUUCUGGUAUAUGAGCCGUACGUUCACAAUGAGUACUACAUGUGCUCUACUUGUUAUUCCUCUCUCCUUCUCGAAGAAGAUCUCAUUCUUGAAGAACGCGAGCGAUGAAACGAAUGUUUGGGUUAAGACCCGACCCAACACAUGGACUGAAGUAUUUUAUAUAACACCUGUGCUAUGCUUCGCAUAUCAGGUUCGGUUCAUUGCACUACUAAUAAACACUUUAUUCUGUCAAUUAAGUUGGAUUCCGACCUAUUCUGGAAUGAGGCACAGAAGCAGUUCAAUUAAAAUUACGCUCACAAUCAUUAUAUCGAUACUGAUUUGCUAUCUCUCCUACACAUUGACAGCAAUUUUCGGUUUAAUUACAUUCGGUUCCGAUUAUAUAGAAAAUGAUUUGAUGUCCAAUUAUGAUGCGAACCAUUUGUUUGUAUUGUUUGCGAUUAUUAUAUUGAUCGCGAAGACUAUAACCGUCUAUCCAUUACUGUUAUUCUGCGGACGAAUAGCUGUGGAAGACUUUAUGCAAAAGUUGAGUGAAAUGUUUUGCACGAAUUUAGCGUUUUGUGAUAACUCAUCGCGUUUUGAGCCAUUAAGAAGAGCCUUAAUCGUAUUGAUUUGGAUUAUCACCACAAUUAUAAUCGCCAUUUAUAUCCCGAACAUAACGAUUGCUAUUGAAUUCCUGGGCUCAGGCGCUAUACUAUUCAUCUUUAUAUUUCCGGGACUUUGUUUCCUAAACGCAGUUUUAAUUAAAGACAAAAUUUUAGGUGUUUUUAUACUCGGACUCACAUUAACUCAAACUAUAGAC